AAGACGAAAAACUACAAGAAAGAAAAAAGCAGAAAUAUCGAAGAUGGCUGGAGUUAACGAAAAAUACAUACCGCAUUGGCCUCCCUACCCACCUUGUGUUAAUGAAGAUUGCGACCAUACUAGAUUUCCAGAAUUGGUUGGAAAGAAAUUCGAUGAAGCCAAAGCAGUAAUCCACAGAGAUGCUCCAUAUGUGACCAUUAUAAAACUAGGUCCAGACGUGAUUGGGCUGACUGACUUCUGCUGCAAUCGUGUUUAUGUCAGGACUGACAAGCAAGACAUUGUCGUAACAACACCUGAAAUUGGUUAACACAAUUCCGUAGUGUUAAUCAUCCAUAAAAGGAAAACUUAAUCAUAAUAAUAGUAAUAAUAAUCUUCUUUGGUCCUAGAAAUAAGAAUCUUUGCUUUAAAUAAUGAUGAUACCGAUGU